GGGCCCCUGCGGGCAGCGCCUCAGGCGGCUGGACCUGGCUGCUGGGGCCGGCGCCGGGCAGGGGCGCCCGCGGCCAGAGGAGCUGGCUGCAGGAUUCUGCCCCAGGAGUGGGGCGGUGCUGGGGCUCGGUGGUCCAUAUCGGCCUCUUCAGGGAGGACGAGCUCCGGUUUGGGCGGGCAUUCUGCUGCGGCUGGACGCGUGUGGGCUGAAAUCAGAUGCAUCAUUAAUAGAUUCCAGACCAGUUGUCAUCUGUGCUAAGCUGCAGCCAAAAUGGCCAAGUACAGACUUGUUCUCUUAAGACAUGGAGAAGGAGCCUGGACCAAGGAGAAUCGUUUUUGCAGCUGGGUGGACCAGAAGCUGAGCAGUGAUGGGAUAAAGGAAGCUCAGAACUGUGGCAAACACCUCAAAGCCCUGGGCUUUGAGUUUGACCUUGUCUUUACCUCUGUACUCAGCCGCUCCAUCCAGACUGCAUGGCUUAUCCUGCAAGAGAUGGGCCAGGAGUGGGUCCCCAUUCAGAGUUCCUGGCGACUGAAUGAGCGCCACUAUGGUGCACUGAUCGGGCUCAACAGAGCAGAAAUGGCUCUUAAUCAUGGGGAGGAGCAAGUGAAAAUAUGGAGGAGAAGCUAUGAUGUUACCCCACCUCCCAUAACUGAAUCUCAUCCUUACUAUGAAGAGAUCUACAACGAUCGCCGAUAUAAAUGCAGUGAUGUGUCUCAGGAUAAUCUCCCAAAGGCUGAAAGUCUCAAAGAUGUGCUUGAUAGACUCCUUCCCUACUGGAAUGAAAAGAUAGUGCCAGAACUGAGAAGUGGCAAAAUGAUCCUUAUCUCUGCUCAUGGUAACAGCAGCAGGGCAUUGCUGAAGCAUGUGGAAGGUAUCUCUGACGAGGAUAUCAUCAAUGUUACUCUCCCCACUGGUGUGCCCAUACUCCUUGAACUUGAUGAGGAUCUGCACCCUUUGGGCCCUCACCAGUUUCUAGGUGAUCAGGAAGCUAUCCAAGCUGCUAUCAAAAAAGUGGAAGAUCAAGGGAAAGUAAAAUCUGCUGAGAAGUAAAAUCCUACGAACACAGCUAUGUCCAGUGUGGUAAUAAGUGAUUUGUAUGACUGCUGUGUUGCACUGUGUGAAAGUCUCUGUUUUAAGCACUAUAAUUUGACAGCUGUUGAGUCUCAGGUUGGUAGAUUUAACCCUCUGCCUUUUGAAAACUGGAGUUUUGGUUAUAACAUCAGAUUAUGGAUGCUAGAAAUAACCCAGGAGAUCAUUCAGGUAAUGGAAACUUGUCUCUGGUCUAGCAUUGAGGGUGGCCCAGUACAGAAAUAAAGGGAUGUUACUGAUGUCUACCAGUAGGCAGCCCUCAUCUGUUGAAGACAAAAGCACCACCUUACUAGACUAAGGUUAGAUUGAUAGAGGCACUGAAACUUUCUCUGUGAUGAAAUGACAACAGAUAAGAGUUAUCCACUACAACUGUUCUGUGUCAGUGACCACAACAGUUUGUUCUGGAUGUACUUCUAUCUGUCUUUCAGAAUGUAGCUGUACAACUCUUGCUUUUUUUUUGAGUCUUCCAAGGACAAUUCAUUGUCAUAAAGGGAAUUCUGUAGAGAUCUUCAGACUGCAGUUGCCUUUUGUUCUACUAUGUUCCAAUUUUAAGGAAUCCCUUUUCUUACACCAUCUUUGCAAUGCCUCAUGUGACUGCAUUUUCCUGUGUUGCAGCAGUAGAAUUUGACUCACUUCAGCCCACGAACUAAGCAUACAAGUUUCCUGAUCCACGUUUAAGUUGUUGUUUAGCCCUCAGAGGGUGACCUGGAUGGCUGUGAAACACUUAAGUAAUGUGUGCUAGAGGUUUGAUCAUGAAGUCAUUAGAAUAAUUCCUGUUUACCUCACUAAAACUGGAUGUAGGAACAAUCCCUUUAAGAUUUCCUGCGUUGAAAACAUCUCUUACAUAUGAUCCUCAAUAAUAUUCCUGUGACUUACUCUGGGGGGCUGGAAGAGAUGCAUAAAGCAUGUGAGGAGUUACUGGCUAUAGCUCAUUCAGCUGUCAUGCUGGUAGGGAAGGAUAUUCUGCCAUGCCUGAAAGCCUUCUCCUAUGAAGCGCCUUACAGUCUUAGCUUGCUCCUGCUGAGUGUGGCCUUGCUGCUGUAGCUGGCACUAAAUUUGAGCAGGUUGGAUGUACAUGUAAGGCAUUUUAUUCCCUGAGUACAAGCAUCAGGAUAAUUCUGAUUUUUGAAAACAUACUUGCAAAUAUGAAAUGGAUACUUCAGUUUGGAUCUGACCUUGUCUCAGCACCUGUGCAUCUGGAGUCUGACCUCAGUUACCAACGUGGGCAGCACUCAUGGGUACUGUUAAGAGCCAGAUGUGUUCUCAGCAUGGCCUUGUUACAGAUCUCAGGAGCAGUGGAUGAGAAUUUCCUUGGUAUGAUGACAGUGCAAACUUUUAAAGUCCUAGAGUGGCUGCAGCUUUGCAGUGAGCAGCUCUGUAGCUCAUUUCUUAAGUGAGAGGAUGUGUUUUUCCUCUGGAGAGAGCAAUGAAAUUGUGUGGUGUGCCUCUGGCAGUCUCACUGCUGCAUGGAGGUAGACUUUCCAGGUCUGAUGCCAGCUCACAUUAGUGUAGCACAUACUUCACAGAAGACCUCUUGAUAGAUGUUAGUUUCUCCUGCAUGAAUGAUGUUCAGGCUCCUCUCUGGUUUUGUUUCUGUAGUCCUUGCAGUAGGAAUAAAGCCUCAUAUUUGGGUGUUUUUUAUUUUGAACAUGUAGCUGGUAGGUUUCCUCUCCUUUGUACAAGCAGGGUGUUUUUUUCCUCUGAAAUACUCUUAGUAGCUUCCCUGCUACUUUGAUGCUGACUUCUUUUAAGAGUUUUUAGUUUUCUGUGCAUAGAGUAACUGAAUCUUAGUCAUUACUUUACAAGUCAGUAUUGUGGAGUUGAAUUGUUCAGAAAAUGUCCACCUGUCAGUGCUGCAAGGAAGGAGAGCCAGUGGCUCUCAAGAGAUUAAAUCCUUCCCCAAGCAUUUUAAUGACAUUCAGAGUUCAGUAUCAAGUAAAAGUUACUGCAGACUUGUUAAGAAGGUGAGCAGAGCCAUCUGUUGUCAGUGGGAGCUACAUGCAUCCAGAUAUGGGAGCUUGUGGGCCUUGGCUAUCAGCAUCCAUGUCCAUUUAGCAGUGUGAUAUUGUAAGAGAAACCUUUAGGACUUGAGAUAUGGCUGGAAUAUACUUGGAAACAAGCCCAACUGAACUGGGAGGUACUCCCUCCUCUUCUGUUAGACCUCCCCACAAUGAUUUUUUUAGAUGGAGUCAGGUGGUGGAGUGAAGUUAGCAAGCAUCAGUAUGGCUUGCAGCUGAAUGGGUGAAGUUGGCUGAAGACACCUUUCAAAGAGUGGUGACCAGUGAGAAAAGUAUGGCCAGUGUGAUGUGUUCAGGUUGCUCUGUUCCUGCAGUGCUGCCUGAGGCAUGAACAGUGACAAUGCCAUGGGAAUUUUAACAUUUUCUUUGGUUGUGACUCUAAAUCGUUGGCAGGAUUUUAUGUGCACAUCUGGCAGCAAAAACACCUUUCAGAGGUAUCAAAUGGAACCAGCUGGGGGCUUUAUUGUGCCCUUCAUAACACUGUGUGAUGCUAUCUCUAGAAUGGACUUCUAGGUAAAUUCCUGAAUUGCAGAAUGUGAAGAGCAGAAACUGACUCCCAUCAUCAGUGGCAUAAAGCUGCCUCAUCUUCAGGCACAGCUGUGUGAGGGGCAGAAAUGAGAAUCUUUUGGCUUUGGAGAUCUGGUUGGAAAACACUUCCCCAGUGUUUAAGCAUGUCUCAGUCCUCUAACUGGUGUUUGUGGUGGAUAUGGCUUGUUUACACUUGUUUUUACCUUUCUUAGUAGCAGUAAUUUCUCUAGGAUCCUCUUGAGAACUUUUGUAAAUAUGGUGGAGCUGGCAAGUUAUUUGUAACUCAAUAAAUUCUUAUGAAACUAUUUAA